AUGGAUACUUAGCAAUCAACAAGCAAUAGAAGAAAGAAAUUGGUUAUUGAUGACGAUGAGGACGAUGAACCCCAAACUAUUGCACCAAAAUAGCCUGAAAAAAAGGAGUAGCCUAAGGAAUCAGCUGAAGUAAGUGCUCCCUAACCUAAUAAAAAUUUGAAAUAGGAGAAUGGGAAUGGCAAAAGUGUCUAGAAUAACUAGCAAGCCAAGAACAAUUCCGAUUUAAACAAAAAAGUUCAAGAAAAGGUGCAAAGAAAAGACUAAGAAAAAAUCUAAAACUCUUCUUAAAAGAUGGAAAUUGAAUCUGAUGGACAUGCUUCUGACAGAGACCUUUUCAUUGCUGAUGAUUCUAAUUCCUAAGAUAUUCAAGAAAUCAGAAACAAGUAUGGAUGGAAGCCUAAAUAAGCUCCUUAAUCUGCCCCUAAGCAAUCAAAGCCUUCUUCAUCUUCUUCAUCAGGUUAGAAGAGUACUUCAUCCUCCCGUAAUAGAGAAGAACCUGUCAGAAAGGGUAAGGAUACAAUUGUGUAUGAAAUAUUAAAGAGAUGGUGGUAUGCAUUACCUGACUGGCCUCCAGCUAAUUACAAUUACUCUUCUGCUCUUGAAUAGAAUAAGCUACGUGUAAUAAAUAAGUAGAAAUUCAGAAUAGAACCAGAUUUGGAUGAAAGAGGUUUUUUGAAAGUGUACGAAAUUUUAGGAUUCUAAGGAAUGUACAAAGAUGCUAAUAAUAAAUUAUACGACUUGAGACCUUAAGAAGGAAAGCCUAGCUACAACAACUUGUCAAGAAAAAAUGAGUCAGAAUUGUUAAGCUUGCUUAAGACCUGCUAUCAAAAUCAAAUUGAAUAGCUAGAAAUGUCUUAGGUUGUAGAUCAAAAUUUAUUGGAUAUAUUGAAAAAACAACUUGAAAAAAUAAAGCAAAGAGUAAGAGAUUGA